AUGCGCGAGUGCAUCAGUGUCCACGUCGGUCAGGCAGGCGUACAGAUUGGCAAUGCUUGCUGGGAGCUGUAUUGUUUGGAGCAUGGAAUCCAGCCUGAUGGCCAAAUGCCCAGUGACAAAACAAUUGGUGGCGGUGACGAUUCAUUCAACACCUUCUUCAGUGAAACGGGCGCUGGAAAACAUGUUCCCCGUUCGGUGUUCGUGGACCUUGAGCCAACAGUGGUUGACGAGGUGAGGACGGGCACUUAUCGUCAACUCUUUCAUCCGGAACAGUUGAUAACUGGAAAGGAGGAUGCAGCCAACAAUUAUGCUCGAGGCCACUACACCAUUGGUAAAGAGAUUGUUGAUCUGGUCUUAGAUCGGAUCCGCAAAUUGGCAGAUCAAUGCACCGGUCUUCAGGGCUUUCUGAUAUUUCACUCGUUCGGAGGAGGCACAGGGUCAGGCUUCACGUCGCUUCUGAUGGAACGUCUCUCGGUUGACUAUGGAAAAAAGUCAAAAUUGGAGUUCUCCGUCUACCCAGCCCCGCAGAUCUCCACGGCUGUGGUAGAGCCUUACAAUUCAAUUCUAACAACCCAUACCACUUUAGAGCAUUCCGACUGUGCUUUCAUGGUGGACAAUGAAGCUAUCUACGACAUCUGCAGACGGAACUUGGAUAUCGAAAGACCAACCUAUACCAAUUUGAAUCGGCUAAUCGGUCAGAUCGUCAGUUCAAUUACGGCCUCUCUCCGAUUCGACGGAGCACUCAACGUUGACCUGACGGAGUUUCAAACCAAUCUGGUGCCUUAUCCACGAAUCCAUUUCCCUCUGGCCACGUAUGCACCGGUCAUUUCAGCCGAGAAGGCCUAUCACGAACAGCUUAGUGUGGGAGAAAUCACCAACUCCUGCUUCGAGCCAGCCAAUCAAAUGGUGAAGUGUGAUCCCAGGCAUGGUAAGUACAUGGCAUGCUGCAUGCUGUAUCGUGGAGACGUGGUGCCAAAGGAUGUCAAUGCUGCCAUCGCCACGAUAAAGACGAAGAGAACGAUUCAAUUUGUUGACUGGUGCCCAACCGGCUUCAAAGUGGGCAUCAACUACCAGCCGCCGACCGUGGUACCGGGAGGCGAUCUGGCCAAGGUACAGCGGGCUGUUUGUAUGCUGAGCAACACGACAGCAAUUGCCGAGGCUUGGGCCCGCCUCGACCACAAAUUCGAUCUGAUGUAUGCUAAACGGGCUUUUGUGCACUGGUACGUCGGCGAGGGAAUGGAAGAGGGCGAAUUCUCAGAGGCCAGAGAAGACUUGGCUGCCCUCGAGAAGGACUAUGAAGAAGUGGGUGUGGAUAGUGUUGAAGCGGAGGGUGAAGGGGAAGAAGGUGAAGAAUAUUAG